UGCAAGCCGUGUCACUCUCAAUCGGCAAAUCUCACCCGUCCAUUUCUCACGAAAUCCAACGACCAGAAUCCCCCGCCAAACAAAACUUUGGCUGAAGGUUCAAAAAUCAAACCCAAAUCCCUCCCAGCCUUCGCCUACAAAUUCUUCACCAAAAUCCUGCUUCCAACAUCACGAUUCAAAAUUCUCCAACAAGUUCCAAUCCAGUUUUCCAAUUUCACCCGCUCCCCAGUUCGUAAUCUUCCCUAAUCAAGUUCCAAAAUGGCGCGAACUAAGCAGACGGCGAGGAAAUCGACGGGAGGCAAGGCCCCGCGCAAGCAGCUGGCCACCAAGGCUGCCCGGAAGUCUGCUCCGGCUACUGGCGGCGUGAAAAAGCCCCACCGCUUCAGGCCGGGAACGGUAGCGCUGAGGGAGAUCAGAAGGUACCAGAAGAGCACGGAGCUGUUGAUUAGGAAGCUCCCGUUCCAGAGACUGGUUCGAGAAAUUGCUCAGGACUUCAAGACCGAUCUUCGGUUCCAGAGCGGCGCCGUUGCUGCCCUCCAGGAGGCCGCCGAGGCCUACCUCGUGGGAGUCUUCGAGGACACCAAUCUCUGUGCGAUUCAUGCCAAGCGGGUCACCAUCAUGCCCAAGGACAUCCAGCUUGCGCGUAGAAUCCGAGGCGAGAGGGCUUAGAAAUUGAAAAUCUAAAAUGACUGGUUAGCUACCAGAUGUUUUUCUGUUGGGUGUUUUUAGUUUAUCCAGAUCUAUUGUUAUGUACGUUGUGAAAGUGAUAUGUAUAGGAAGUGGAAUUUCAGCUUCAUCUAUAUCAUCGUUCGUCUGGUAUUUCUAGUUACGAUCUGGAAAACUACAUGUGAAUGGUUUGAGAGAGAGAGUCACUGUGGGCAGUUUUUUAGUAUUGCUGGAAAAAUGUUUUAGUGAAUUUGUAAGACUGAUGAGUCGGAGUCUAAUAAAACUUUUCAGAUGGAAUUUGUAGUUAA